AGGAACAACUUUGUGAAUAAUCCAGUCUGAUGGUGUAAAUUAUUUGACCGGUCAAACUAUACUAGACCGGGUCUAGAAUAGUUCGCUCGAUUUGGCAAAGUGAGAAAGAGAUGAACUUCAGAGCAUUCAACAUCCCCAUGAAGAAGACCGGCGGCUCCUCCUCUGCUGCCCCCAGAACCGUACCGGUGCAACAGGAGCCGGUGGAGAUCAACUCUGAGGAGGAAACUCCUCCGACCGGGAGGACCGGUCAGGCCGGGAGGACCACGGUAAACCCUCCCCUAGACAAGGGGAAGGGGAAGGUCCGAACCAAGCAUGCCGCCACCACCCAUCCCUCGGCAAAGAGGAGGAGGGGAGAAAGCGUCCCGGCCACAUGGUCGCUAGAGGAGCUCUGGGUCAAGAUGGGGCGAAAGCUGAAAGAGAUGGGUGAGGUCGGGCCUGAAACCUUGGAGAAGCUCGCCGAGGACUCCCCUUCCCGGUCACUUCAGCUGGAGGAAAAGCUGAAGAGGCUUGAAGCCCACAACCGGGAGCUUCAAGACCUGACCGCCCGGCAACUUGACGAGAUGGCCAACCUCUCGGCGGUUGCCGGUAGGGCGAACGCGGAGGUCCUCCAGCUGAAGGAGGAGAACUCGCUGCAGAUGGGGGAGGUCUCCCACCUGAAGGAGGAGGCAUGGGUGAAGGAGCAAGAGCUGCCCGGUCGGGCCAGACAGUGGAUAGAGGAGAACCUGGUGGAGGCCGCCCGGGUGCUUACCUCCUCAGAGGAAAGGACAAUGGAGGGCUUCAAGUUGCUGUACCGGGAGGAGCAAGGGAAAGAGAUGAUUACCCAGAUCGGCUCCUACGGUUUCAUGUCCGGCCAAAAACGAGACCGGGAGGCCACCCAUGCGAUCUUUGCCGACCGGGAUCCGGACUUCAAUGCCGAAUCAUACGGUCUGGCCCCCAUCCCGGACGAAGAGCCUGCGCCUCCCUUUCCUCUUGAGUAAUCUUCCCGGCUGCGACCGGUUAAAUUAUUUUGGAAAACUUCAAACUCAUUUCCCCGGGAAUGCCCGGUGAAUCUGUAAACCCUUGACUUUUUAUUUCGUCUGAAUGCAAUGUUUAAUUUCCAUGCCGGUUUAGCUUCCAUAUUUGCAUGCUUUUUGAUUGAUACUUUGAUCUUCGCUUCUUAGAACGCCAUCAUAGGAUAUCCGACCGGUAUAGUAAUCAAUCACCAUACUUCCU